UGACAUCACAGUUACGUUGCAGUACACAACUCCACUGGUCAUUAGUUUAGUAUCAGAAACAUGUUUUCUGUUCUUUUGUUUCUGUUACAUUGACAGCAGCUGUUGUAACAACGACACUCAACACUUCACACAGACUUCCUGAGUGGUUUUCUGUCAGCAGCUCAAAAGUGGAAGUGGACAUGAUGUUGCUUUCUACUGACGCCACACAAAAAGACGCCCAGUCACAGAGACAAGGACAGUGCUGGAGUGUCGUAUAACUAAUAUUUUAUUAUUUAUUAUUUUCUGAGUCUGGAUUUAGAAUGAAGAUCCUACUCAUCUUCACCUUCUUCCUGAUUCCAGCUGGUACUGAUGCUGUAACUACAGUAACUGGAUACAGAGGAAGAUCAGUUCAGAUAAAAUGUCCCUAUGAAUCUGGAUAUAAAGAUAACAAGAAGUAUCUCUGCAGAGGUGAAUGUCCCUAUGGGGGGAAUAAAGACAUUCCUGUUGAAUCUGGAUCUCGUGCUAAAGACCCCAGAUUUUCUCUGUAUGAUAACAAAACAGCCCGAGUCUUCACCGUCACCAUCACUGAUCUGAGACCUGAGGAUGGAGGCACUUACUGGUGUGCGAUAGAGCGGAAAUUGAAAGAUAUUUUCACAGAGAUUGUCCUGCAGGUUAAAACAGGUGAGUGUUACACAGAGAAUAAAUAAAUCUCACACAUUAUUUCACUGAUUAUUAAAUAUUGUUAUUGAGGCAGUUUAUGUGCAGUGUGUCCCAAA